UUCUUAUGGAAAACGCUCCAUCCUGCCCGGGACGGGAGAGACAAAAACAACAGGGUCAAAAGUAUCUCGGAAGUCCCAUCUUAGACCAUGGAAUGGUGGUGACUCUAGGCAUUUACCGUUACUAUGAGUCUACGUACUGGUCGUGGGUUGCUUUACGGCUUGGCCUUGGCUGUCGUGAGAGUAGCGACAUGGCGGUUCCUCCACCCUCAUACCCGGCUUGGGUGACUCGUUUGUCCGAGUUGAGGAGGGGAGGACAAAGGCCUGGCCCAGUGAGGGUUGCUCGGCCCCUGAUAUUGGCCGACCGGGUCUCGAACCGGCGGAUGAGGCUGGGAGAGGCAACAUGCAUCACAGAGAUGUCAUUAAUGAUGGCCUGUUGGAAAAAGAAUGAGUUCAGUGACACAGCUUGUGCCAAGGAGAUCCAGACGUUCUUUGAUUGUACAGCAAAGGCAGAAGAAGAAUGGAAGGAGAGUGUUGUACAAGAAGCUCUGGGCCGGUCAGGAAAACUUGGUACAAAACAAAUAAACAAACUACUAAAGCAGUUUCCAAAUAUUACGCAGCAUUAUUAGACUUGUUUCCUCAAGUACUGGAUAUCAGCAGCAGCAAUCUGACCAUGCCUGAAGAAAUUCCCGACUUGUUUGUCUUUGUUUUUGAAACAAACGGUGUCUACAUGUUAUUGACUGGACAAUUCUGUUUGAGAUGAAGUGGAAGGUAAACUGCUGAAAAAUAAAUUUCUCUCUGAUAUGAA